CAUUGUGAGUGCUGCGCCUCCCGCUGAAACCUCGCAACGCUGCGUUCUCAUUUCGAAACUGGUGUUCCUUCAAAUUGCAAUUACCAGACACUGCCUCGUUAAAUCGAAACCGAAACUGUCGCUGCGCCUGGACCGACGAUGCACAAUGUAUCUGGAGGUGUUCCUGUUGCAUUUUUGGAUUGUUGCAGCCGGAAUUGUGCAGGCACAGAAUGGACGCAGGAUUCCAGGCAGAAAAUUGGACUGCACGUUUGUAGAGCAAAAACAAAAUGAACAGGCUGAUGUUUUUGGGCCAAUCGUCAUCAAAAGGAAGGCAACCUUACUGUUUGGUGAUAUUGCUACAAAUGACGAGGCCAUUAUUUUUAAAGUUCAAGAGACUUCAUUAGAUGUUUUCCAGUAUGUGGACAAAAAACUGGACGCAUUAGGAUGUGAAAUUAAUAGGUAUUCUACUCAUGGCAUCCAUAUGCCCUGGCCGCACGAGGGUAAGGAGGCUAUUGAAGACAUAUGGUUCACACUGACUUUAAAGCAUUUAAGUACCAGGUUCACUGUAACCGGCUUCAUGAGGAAGAUAGAUGAGCCCAAUAGCCAGGAAGUUGAGAAAAGUGAAGCAAAAACUGAUGGUGAAGAUUUACCCAUUGGUGACACUGACACUCUGUUUGUUCAAGUGACCUAUAUUGUACACACCAGGACCCCAUUGAUCAGAACUAAACUGAAGCAAGACCUCAUUCUGGACUGUGGCUACAAAAUUGAUCACAGUACAGACUUUAACGUUGACUGGCGGUAUCAGCACAAAGGGAGCAAGAAGAAAUUGUUUUCCUACAAUGGGCGACAUCAGCGGAUUGAAUUCAUUGAGACAGGAGUUGAAUUAUUCAUGGACCAGAUCAAAAAGGGAAAUGCUUCACUCCGUUUAAGAAACAUUGGUAUUAAAGAUGAGGGAUCCUACCUGUGUUCUGUAUAUGUGCCUCCACUCUUUGGAACACACACCAUUGAGGUCGAGAUUAUGGAGUCGCCCAUUGUCUCUGUGAACCCUGAUUCGGUUUCCCUUAUUGAAGGGGAUGAACAGAAGCUGGUCUGUGAUACAGGGCGGUAUUAUCCACUUGAUGUAGCGGUGAAGUGGCUGCGGCAAAAGAGUGCGAGGCACAUGCUGCCCGUUUACAUGACGAAUGUUGUCUUCUCCCCCCACAAGCGGAACAUGGAUGGCACCUACAACUUGACCAGUUAUUUCAGGUUCACAGCAUCCCUCCAGGACAAUGGUGUUAUGUAUGUAUGUCGCGUUGAGCACGCCAGCUUAGAGAAACCAAUCAAACAGUACAUCCAAGUGAAUGUCGAAGCACAAUCUCAGACACUUCAAUUUAUCUUACUGUCAAUUGUGAUCGUCUUUAUCUGUGCUGUUGUGAUCAUGCUGCUUGUUUACUUGAAGAAAGUUGCAGAAAAAAACAAGAAAAAGCCAUAUUGAGACUGUUAAAGAGGAUUCAGCAUAAGUCCUGAUAAGGAAAGAAAAGUAUUUAUGUGGACCUUUAGCACAUCCUUGGAGCAUUUGCAAAAGCGUCACCAGCAGUGAAUUACUUUGAAGGGCUGAGAGUACAAACACAUGCUGCAGGGAACAUGUGCACAGCAACAUCCCACAGAGAGCAAGCAAUUGGCUGAUUCAUCAGUUUAGAUGUUAUUCUCAGAGAGAGGAAUAUGGAUCAAGGCACAGUAUUAACUCUCUGCACUCGUUCAGGUAGAUGCUUUACAUCCACUUGAACGAGUGGAAAUGGAGGACAGAGCCGCAGUUUAAUGCCUGAUCUGAAAGAUGGCCUUCAUUAAUGGCCCAUUACUUCCUCAGCAUCCUGAGGUUAGGUUCCAGAUUGAAGCUGAAACUACAAGGUUCUGGUUCAGACCAGGAGUGCUCUGAACUGAGCCAAGCUCAUCGAGGCAUGAAUUUCGCCUUCACUUAUCGCCAAACUAUCAUUCAUUGCUGAGUGACAGAACCCACAGCGUACCUAUAACAACAUAAUGCUCAUCUAUCCCUGACCCAAGCGGCUGUAAAUUCUCUAUUAAGCUGAACAGGUUUGUGUUUGAAGUUGAAACUAAGUUUUUAGAUCUGUUGUUUGUUGAACAGUCCAUUCCAAAUUGUUCUCUUCAUCUUCCAUUCUGUUUGUUCUAAAUUAUGGAGAACCAGUAGGGCAUUCACUCGUGCUAAGGUGAAUUUAGUUGCCAGCUUGAUGCCAAUCCUCUGUUUCUCCUGAUGAGAAAUAUGGAAGCAAGCCAGCAGUAUAGCUCCGGUCUGCUGGCCAGAAAAUUGGUGAUUGUUUUGUAACAAUCCCAUUUGGACACAAAGGUUACAGAAACAUGAAAAACAGGUGCAGAAGUAGGCCAUUCAGCCCCUUUGAGACUACACCACCAUCAGUAUGAUAAUGGCCGAUCAUACAAUUUCAGGAUCCCACUCCCACUUUCUGCCCAUACCCCUUGAUCCAUUUAGCGACAAGGGCCAUGUCUGGCUCUCUCUUGAAUAUAUCUACCAAACUAGCCACAACAGCUUUCUGUGGUAGAGAAUUCCACAGAAGUCUCAAAGUGAAGAAAUUCUUCCACAUCUCAGUCCUGAAUGGCCUACCCCUUAUUCUUAGACUGUGCCCCCUAGUUCUGGAUUUGCCCAACAUCAAGAAAAUUCUUCCCGUGUCUAGCCUGUCCUGUCCCAACAGGACCUUUUAUAUGUUUCUAUGAGGUUUCCCCUCAUUCUUCUAAAUUCCAGUGAGUAAAAGCCCCGUCGAUCCAGUCUUUUUUUCUAAUGUCAGUCCUGCCAUCCCGGGAAUCAGUCUGGCAAACCUCCGCCAGACUCUCUUAUUUUCUGAAGAAGGGUCUAGGCCCGAAAUGUCAGCCUUCCUGCUCUUCUGAUGCUUCUUGGCCUGCUGUGUUCAUCCAGCUCCACACCUUGUUAUCCCUCAAUGUAGGUUGUUCUGCUGUAAUGCGUAUUUCUUUAACAUAAAUUGGCUGUAAUGCAAAUGAUGAAUAUUGGAUCCUGUUUGGAUAAUACCAACUUUCUUCUGUACAAGUAUAGCGACUUUCUGUAGCGAUCUCGCUAUAACGUGAUUUUCUGUGGCAAUUUUCUGUAGUGCAAUUUUCUGCAGUGCGAGGUCAUGCAAGAACACAACUAUCACGUUGUAGGAGAACUACCUUUAGCAACAAUGUCCUUCCUCAGACUAGGAGACCGAAACUACACACAAUACUCAAGCUGGGAUCCCACCAACGCCCGGUAUAACUGCAGCCAGACAUCCCUACUUCUAUGCUCAAAUCCUCAGUUAUGCCCAGUUUCCCACUGCUGUUGUUCCGUGAAGACUAUCUCCCAUGAAUGACAUUCAUCAAAAAAGUCUAAUGGCAAAACAAGGCACCAUUGACAACUCUUCAUUCAAUUUUCUUCAAUAAUUUAAUCCAAGGCAGCAGUCUCUUUAUUCCAGAGAUAUGCAAUCAGUCCUGCACAGCCUUUACUGCAAUUUUUUUUGGCUUGAAUUUCCAUCCCGAGUCAGCAGUACUGAUUGGAAGCCUUGUUUUUGAGAAAUCUUGUUUUCACGUUUCCCCUGAAAAUAUCAUCCCUUACCAUUUCUUCAGAACUACCACUGAACACACCUUAGAAUCCACUGAAAUCCUUAAAGUGGGACCUUCUUAUUUAGCAUUGCCAAAAAUCAGGACACACGUUUCCAGACAUUCCUUACUUGGCUAUAAUUUAUUACCAAGUCACGGACUAGAAGCUGUAUUUCUUAAAACUAUUAUUACGAUGGAGAAAAUGGUGCCAAAGCUGCAGUUCUGGAAGUCUCACUCCCAAACUUGGUGCCCACUAUUUUCAUCAUGAGGGUGUGUGUGGGGGCAGGUUGUGGAUUACACAACUGUGCUGAACGGAGGCUGCUGCAUAUGAGCUGCCCUCAGUCUUUACGAGAGUGUUGUCCCCAACACGACCGUGUACAUUUUACACUGCUGGGAGAAGGCCAAAAACUACAAAAUAAUUGAGAGGGUAGUACCCUUUGGAACCAUCAUGCACGUUAGAACUAUCUUAAUGUAACAGGAAGCGUUCAGACAUUUAAAACAUUAGCUUUGAAGUUUAAAAAAGUCUAUGAUCAUAGAAUCCUGAUAGUGUGGAAACAGGCCCUUCAACCCAACAUGUCCACGCUGACCCUCAGAGCAUCCCACCCAGACUCGUCCGCCUCUAACCCACCUAAUCUACACAUCCCUAAACACUAUGGGCAAUUUAACAUGGCCAAUCCACCUUGCCUGCACAUCUUUGGAAUGUGGGAGGAAACUGGAGCACCCAGAGGAAACCCAUGUAGAUACGAGGAGAACGUGCAAACUCUGCACAGUCGCCUGAAGGUGGAAUUGAACCCGGCUCCCAGGCACUGUGAGGCAGCAGUGCUAACCACCGUGCCACCUCAAUGGUUUUUAAGAAAUUGGUGCUUGGUGUUUCACUCUGCUAUAAGCUGAGGGCUACCUUUAUAAGAGGAUGACUGCUUUCAGAAGCUAAAGUUAUCACAGCAGAGUGCCUCUCAGUUUGUAUUUUAAUUCACAACUCCAGAUGCUUAUGAAGACCUUGUUGCAUGUUUAUGAAUGCAAAUGUUUUUUUAUAUAAAGGAUUAAGUUGUUGAAGAAAUUUAAAUAGAGCAAAUGGAUUUUUAAUCUUGGAGAGUGUUUCUUCUCAUCUGGCAGCUCCUGUGGCUUCAUUUGCGUUGCUUCUGGGGCAGCAGGACUGAAUUUACACCUGGCCACAGUCAGGUCAUCCCGGCCACUUUCUGACAAGUCAGGUUUGCAGGCUUCCAAUCAGUACUGCUGACUCAGGAUGAAAAUUCAAGCCAAAAAAAAUGCAGUAAAGGCUGUUCAGAAUGUGACACAUGAAUUCAGGUGACCAUUCACUGAAUGAGAUAUUAUUGACUGAAUGUGAAUGGAAACAAUGUGAAUAAUUGUCCCCUGUCUCCUGUCAGGACAAGUUACAUACGGAAGUGGGCUAUAGGACCUGACUUACUGUUUUGUUGAACUCUCCCCUGAAGCUGUGAUAUUCCCACUCUGUCCGUCAAGCCAUAACCCGACCCUGAAGGAUGCUCUUUAUCUUCAAUGAGUGGUUAUGACAAUGGUCCCCAGUGAGAGUAUUCACGGUUUGAAACCUGGAAAUUGAGCAUUGUGGGAUGGUGACAUCAUUGAGAUGGUAAAACCUUUCAGCCAGUAUGUCCCUGUCUACUGAUAUGGCCAAGACACCUCUCAUGUGCAGUCUGUCCACAUUGUUUUGAAUGUUAGCAUUGACCCAUUCUUCUUUAACUUGGCUGAAGUGUUACAUUUUAUUCAGUUCUGUUCAUUUUUUCCCCAAAAUUUACAUCUUUGUUCACGUUCUUUUUCAAAGAAGGUGAUAUAAGGAGAGCACAUUGCUUGUAACGGUAUGAAGGUCGUGGACAUUAAAUGGGGAUUCAUUAUAAAUAGGAAAAGACUGAAACUACAGUUGUCGAGUUAGGAGAUGUGUGCUUGUAAUGCAUUACUCUGCAAGUAAAGGGUCAUAAAAUAUGUGUCAGUCCUAUCCCUCACUGCCUGACAUCCUGGAAUGGAGCAGGACUCAUUGUUCAAAUGCACACGUUGCAUAUGAGGCCCAGAAGGUCACAGGGGGUGGGGUAAAUGCCAUCUGUACCACAGCGGUGUGCCAGAACGAGAAGCAGCAGCUACAAAACCAGCACACACCUAGGCCUGGCCUGACCUUCCUUCCACGCAGUUCCCUGGUGGAAUGAUUGUGCUCUGUUUGAAAUCUGUGACCCUGAUUUAUUCUCUUUUCUGCAUGCUCUCAGGUAGUUCUUUACACAGAUACUGUUGCUGAUUGACUCCAGGGUCUCUCAGUAUUUAUCUGCUUCAACAUAAACGUUCCUCAAUGUUGGAAUUUUGUGGGAAUAUAGCAUACUUUGUAGUUUAAUUUCAAAGAGCUGUUUUCUUCCGACUGGGGUUUUGCUCAGAACUCACUGUUGUAUUAUCCCAUGCUCUUUGUCACUGUUUGGAUUCCCUGCUUUACUCUGAGACCAACUGGAAGCUAAACUAAGUGCCGUCUUGAAACCAAAUGUUUAGAACUAUUCAUAUCACCUUGUGGUUCCCAACCCUUUCCCUUUGUCCUGGGAUUCUUCACGAGCUAAAGAUCAAUCUCCUGGUCACUGCUUCAAGCAAAUUGGGAGAAAGAAACAGAACAGCGUUAAUAAGGAUAAUAAAAUGUGAGGCUGGAUGAACACAGCAGGCCAAGCAGCAUCUCAGGAGCACAAAAGCUGACGUUUUUAUCUACAUCUUGUUAUUUCAGGUUUAAGCAUGCCAUCUUACUUCAUAGAGAAUAUCAGAGAUAAUGGGAACUGCAGCUUUAACCCAACAGCGUUAAUAAGGACUUUUUUUUCUCUCAUUUUGUGAAAGAUUUGUGUCUGGUAAAACUCCACUGCCUCCCACUUUUUCGUUUGGUAUCAUCUGCAAUUCUGACCACUCUACACCAAGAUUCUGAACUCAGGCCACCCAAUCCAGCUGCCUCACUACAAAUUAGUCUGACAUUGAAAUGUGCCUCAGCUUUGAUGACAGGGAAUCUAGCUAAAUUACAGCAGAAUACCACUAGGGGGGGAGCUUUACAAGCACUUGUUGCUUUCUCCCAUUCGUAAUGCAGUUGGGACAACAUUUUCUGCUCUCUGUAAGUGUUCCAUCUCCAGAGGUAAAUUGUUUACAUUGUCAAUGAAAGUAAUUUGCUUAGCUGUGUACAUUACUCUAUCUGGCAUACAGUUUUUUGUAAAGGGAAUGUCUGUGUAGUAAGAAAGAGCUGUACACGUGCCCUGAUGUAAUGAAUUGAAUAAAGACUUGUUUUUACUGAGUUUAUAAGAAUCAUAGGUAAUGUACAGCCAUUAUUAUUUGGUACUUGGUUAUUUCACUGGAAUAAAUGCACUAGUUCUAUGACCUGUCAGAUUUAACAUUGGUUUAAAA